GUUUCCGGGAUAGAAAAGUUUUGUUUCUGGGUGUCUGCUUGUUACCUGAAAUUUAAAGGCUUCACUAUCGUAUCUAUUGUUAUCAUCGGAUUUUUCAUCCAAACAUGUCCUUCCAAAACUUCGAUUCGUUCCAGAACCAGCACCCAGCGGCUGAUGCUGCCGCUGCUGCUCCUGGAGCUCCGGCUUCAGCCGACACCACCAUGACUGGCCAGGCUGACCCUACCACCGGUCAAUUCCAGGGUCCAGCCCCCGGCGAGCCCACAGCUCCCGCUGGUUCUCAGCAAGGCAAUGAUGGAAAGACCACUCUCUGGAUGGGUGAGCUCGAGCCUUGGAUUGAUGAGAAUUUCGUCCGCAACCUCUGGUUCCAGAUGGGCGAGCAGGUCAACGUGAAGAUGAUCCGUGACAAGUUCUCUGGGAGCAAUGCCGGUUACUGUUUCGUCGAUUUCGCCUCUCCCGCUGCUGCGGCCAAGGCCCUGUCUCUGAAUGGCACCCCCAUGCCUAACACAAACCGCCUCUUCAAGCUGAACUGGGCGACUGGUGGUGGCCUCGCUGACCGUAGCCGUGACGACCGCGGCCCCGAAUACUCCAUCUUCGUUGGCGACCUUGGCCCCGAGGUCAACGAAUAUGUGCUCGUCUCUCUCUUCCAAAGCCGCUUCCCCUCGUGCAAGUCCGCGAAGAUCAUGACUGAUCCCAUCAGCGGCAUGUCUCGCGGUUACGGGUUCGUCCGUUUCUCCGAUGAGAACGAUCAGCAGCGCGCUUUGAGCGAGAUGCAGGGAGUUUACUGCGGAAACCGCCCCAUGCGCAUUUCCACCGCCACCCCCAAGAACAAGGGUCCCGGCGUUGUGCCCGGUGGCAUGGGUAUGCCUGGUCCUGCCAACAUGUACCCCCCCAUGGGUGCUCCUCCAAUGGGAUUCUACGGUGCUCCUCAGCCAAUGAACCAGUUCACUGAUCCUAACAACACCACUGUGUUCGUUGGCGGUCUCUCUGGCUACGUUACCGAGGAUGAGCUCCGUUCGUUCUUCCAGGGAUUCGGUGAAAUCACCUACGUGAAGAUCCCUCCUGGCAAGGGCUGCGGCUUCGUCCAGUUCGUUCAGCGCCAUGCUGCCGAGAUGGCCAUCAACCAAAUGCAGGGAUACCCUAUUGGUAACUCGCGCGUGCGCCUGAGCUGGGGCCGCUCUCAGAACAACUCGGGCCCCGCCGGUAGCCCCUACCGCCCUGCCCCCCCUCCCCCUCCCAUGUAUCUCCCCCCCCAACAUCAGUAUGGUGGUUUUGCGCCUAUGAAGUCUCAGUAAACGAAAAGCGUUCCUUUAUCUGAAAGAAACAGCAGGAGUUUUGCGUCCUUUCAAUGAUGGGUCUUUUGUGUGUUAUAUCAAAUUUGCUAUUCAUCUCUGCGAAAGUUCCCCUCUAUAGCUCUUGAUGGGCAUCUUCUCCUGUGUUACGUACUUCAUCAUGUGUGAGCGC